AUGGCUGUUCAGCUCGGACUGCUGCCUGUUCGGUUCACCUCCUUGACCCUUCAUUUCAUCUCCUCGCGUGACCUGUUCGGCUCCUCUCUCUGUGUCUAUAAAAGAGGUCGCUCCUCUCCAGAGACACACGACGAGACACAGGACCAUAUGCGCCUACCACUCGGUUCCAGAGCUUUGCGUCGCCGCUCAAGACUUCUCCAUCCCGUCUAUCGCCGUGCACCGCUGGACGGGACAACAGGCCUCCGGAACCCCGUCUCUUGUGAUCCUGUACGAGAGAGAGGCGAUAAGGUUUUUGGGGAGCAUUCUACCGCGACUGCUGGCUUCAACAUCGACACGGAGGCUGACGACUACUUCCCCGACAUCAGCAACCUCUUCAGCGACAUGGCUCUCAACAGCGACAAUGUCAACGCUGUUAUGGAUGGAAGUUAUUAUGCUGGAGGACUGGAUCUUAAUGAACCAGCAAAUGAAGAGCAAAUAGAAGAGGAAGAUAUGUCAGGCAGCAAGUCAAACAACCCAGAUGUAACAAAAAGUUCUGAACAUAGCAAGCUUGCAAGUGGGAGCAAUACAGGUGCAUCCGCUGACACAGAAACUCAAACAGGUCAAACACUGUCAACUGAUGAUUCAGGAGAAGAAGAUGAUGAUGAUGAUGAGGUGCAGUCAACACCAUGCAGCCAAGACAUAAAUGAACUUGAAGCACCACCUGUUAGGCAAAGGAACCGUAGCAUCACUAAGAAAACGGAAUGCAAAGCUAGACUACGAAUAAAGAGGAGAGGGAAGAAGUGGCAUGUAACAUAUUUCAUAGAGGAGCACAAUCACAAGUUGAUUAAGAAGUUCUCCUUGAAGAAGUACUUGAGGUCUCAUAAGGGCAUCCCUAAGGAAGAGAAAGAUUUUGUCAAGCUUUUGCACAAGGUCAAUUUAUCUGCUGGUAGGGUCAUGCGUAUUAUGGGAGAAGUGUAUGGUGGUCUUGCAAAUGUACCAUAUGAUAGCAAGGAUGUGAGAAAUUACAUGGCUAAAAUCGAUGAAGAACACGCCCACAAAGACAUGUCAAUGCUGCUUGCUCACUUUGCCAGAAUGAAGAAGGAAGAUCCCGACUUCUACUUCAACUUACAUACAGAUCAUGCAGACAAGGUUGACCGCAUCUUCUGGGUAGAUGGACCAACAAUUGCCGCAUACAAGAACUACAGCGACUGUCUAUCAUUUGACACCACAUACAUCACAAACAUGUACAAUAUGCCGUUUGCCCCAUUCAUUGGGAUAAAUAGGUAUUGUCAAACAAUUCAGCUAGGUUGUGGUUUCCUAAAGAACGAGAAUAUUGAGAGUUUUGAGUGGUUGUUCAAGGAGUUUCUUGAAGCUAUGGGUGGUGUCCAGCCAGAUAACUUCAUAACUGACCAAGAUGCGGCAAUGAGAUGUGCAAUUCUCUCAUCAUUACCACUUUGUUGUCACAGAAACUGUAGGUGGCACAUUAUGCAAAAUGCACAGGCUGUGUUGGGCAACUUCUUGUCAAAACAUGAGGAGCUAAGGCAGGAGUUGAAUGCAAUUAUUGACUACAGCAUGUCUAUUGAAGAGUUUGAAAGUAGAUGGGCAGAAAUGAUUUUCAAGCAUGAUGUGGCGGACAACACACAUCUUAGUGAUUUAUAUAAUAUUAGAGCCACUUUUGUCCCUGCCUACUUCAAGGAUCGUUUCUUUCCAUUCCUACAAACUACUGCCCGUAGCGAGGGGUUCAAUGCAGUACUGAAAAGUUACGUUGACCCACACAACAACCUGCACCAUUUCUUCGAGCAGUACUUGAAGUUACAGGAAAAAAUAGAUGUAGCAGAGGAUUCAGUUGAGUUUAAAGAUGAGGAUAAGACUGUUAGAGUAUGGGGAGAUUACCCUCUGGAAGAGCAAGCUUUGACAGUGUAUACGCUGCCAAUGUACCUCCGUUUCAGGGCUGAGCUUCGGAAAGUGACGUCAUACAAUGUGCAGCAAACUGGUGGCCAAACUUAUGUGGUUAUGCCAAUUAAAACCUAUGUUUAUGGCUAUGGCGAUAAAAGCUACAAGGUUGAAGCUAACUUGGAUGCCGAAACUUACAUCUGCGAGUGUUGCAAAUUCAGUAGGGAUGGGUUGUUGUGCUGCCAUAUAUUUAGAGUAAUGGUGCAGUUAGGUACUACUGACUAUAUUCCAGAACGGUACAUUCUCCCCAGGUGGAGGAAACCGGAGGAAACGAUUGUGCAGCAGAAAAUGGAGUUACCUCAGGUGCCAACAGAUAGGAAGAUGAGUAACAAGGAAAGGCAGCAGCUACGUUAUGGGACUCUUUGCAAUAAAUACUCUAGAGUAGCAAAAAUUGCAUCUACAUCUGACAAAGGAAAGGCUUUGGCAGAUAAAUACAUGCUAGCUUUGGAGAAAGAAUUGCAAGAGAUGAAAGCUACAUAA